AUGAGAAAGUCUCCGGAUGUGGCCCUCACUGCCCGCACCGCCAAUCCCUCCUCCUCCGCAGCCCACUGGCGCAGUUCGACGCCAACAACUCCGCAGACUUCUCCGCCGCUCGCCCGCAGAAGUGGCGGGGGUUCAUUAGGGCUGCAGUUCCCCCGCACUGCCGCUGCGGAGAUGGCACUUCCAACAAGUAUGGGGUUCUCAGUCUUGCGGCGGCGUAAAGACGAUAUCUUUACUCAACAACAACAGAAACAACAACAACAGGAUCCAUCACAACAACAACAAGAAGGAGAGAAACAAAUAUGGGGAUUGGAAUCACGCCGUAGAUUAAAUACACAAGGACGUCUUUCCAUAAUCCCAUUAGCGGCAGAGGGAUCUCAACAAGUCAUCUCCACCCCAGCAACAGCAACAACUACUACUACUACGGUAGGAAUACCUAUUGUAUCUAAAGGAAAUGUUCCCACCCCUGCGGCUUCUCUUCCAUUAUAUGAACAACCGGGAUUUCGUACAGAUUUGAUGCGUCGAUCUGUUUUUAUUUUUGGUCUUCAGACAGUAGAGGAAUGUAGUGCACUUUUACAAUUACUUAAAACUCAAUGUGGGGCUAUUGCCGGUGCCUUUCGUCUUGCCGAUCACACUUGGAAGAGUAGUAAUCUCUAUACAGGAGGAAAUUAUACGAAUACGAUGAGUGCUGGAGUAGGAAGUCCAUCCUUUCAUAAUAAUAAUAAUAAUAUUAAUAGUAAUAAUAAUAAUAAUAAUGGUGGAUGUGUGGUACUUUGUGUGGCCUUUUACACACCGGAUAGUGCGGUAUUGGCCCAGCGGCUGGAUAACACCGCACAGGUAUAUCAGAGUCGAUUUGUAGUGGAAAGUGCAACACGAUUUCAAGGCCUCUCAUAUCAAACAGGAACAGAAAAGGGAUUCUCUCUCUAUUCAUCUUCCCCUUCAUCAUCCUCAUCAUCAUCAUCAUCCACUACUGCAAUUCAUAUUAACAAUCAAUCAACUCUAUUACCUCCACAGCAUGAACGUCUUUGGCAACUUCUCUUCUCACCAAUAGAUGGUGGUGUGAAGAUUGAUUGGCGUGCGGCUGCAGCGGCUGUAGAGCGGGGUGAGGCACUUCUUAUUAAACCAACUUCUGUUCUCUCUACACAGAUUGGUGUGUGGAAUACACACAGUAGUGGUGAGGAUGCGGGAGAAUACAGCAUGGAAAAGAAGAAUAGUCAUCCUAUUAUGAAUAGUGGUAUUAUUAAUACUAGUAGUAAUACUACUAAUAAUAAUACUAAUACUAAUAAUAGUAUUAGUGGUGGGAGUGAAGGGGCACGAUGGUUUGAUACCACACGAACAAUGCCUUCUCUCUACACUAGUACAUCUAAUAUGAUGAAUACAGCGGGUAACACACAUUCAGAUGCGGCUUCUGUGGGAUUUGAAAUGGAUGCUCUUGGUCGAUCCAACACAUUACAACAACAAUACUACAGUAAUCGAUAUGAAAGAAGAAGUUUGGGUAGUGGUAUUGGUGGUGGUGGGGAUAGUAAUAAUGAUAAUAAUAAUAAUAAUAAUAAUAAUAAUAAUGGUAGUGGUAUACCAUUCUUUUCAUCUAUUACGAGAGUGGCAUCUUCACUUCUACAGAUGGCCUUUGGAAGCAAUAAUGAUAAUACUAAUAAUAACAAUAUCAAUAAUCAUCACAGAAUGGUUGGAGGAGGUGAUAGACAUGAUGAUGUUUAUCUCCCACCACCAUUACGUCAACGUGUGGAAACAGGUACACAACGUACAUACUACAAUACUUCUUCAUCAUCUUCAUCCAUACCAACAACAAUACCAACAACAACAACAAUGGGAGGAGAAAGAAGAAGAGGAGCUGCAGAUGAGAAUGGAGAAGAAGUAUGGGGAAAUACAAAUACAGUAAUGGAGUCCACAGAUGAUGGAGGAGCGGCGUAUAUUCCCCGUAUGCGUUCUAUUGGAAAUUACGUGAUGGCAAUCGUACCAUUUGCCACUCAACUCAUCCUGCCACUCUUACGGGUUCCUGUUAAUAUAGGAGACGGGGGAACUCGGGCCAACACACAGAAUAUAAAUAGAAUGAUGACAAGUGAUAGUCGUUAUCCUACCAAUGUGAAUACUAUUACUAAUACUAAUAUUAAUAAUAAUAAUAAUAAUAAUCGUGGAGUUGGAAUGACCAUGUAUACUACAACAGCUUCCACAUUUACAAUGGAUCCAACAAAUAUAAAUAUCAAUACAAAUACAAUGGAUACUUUUCAUACCUAUAAGAGUAUGGAGUUUGGUGGGUCAAGACAGAAGCGAUCACGCUAUGGAGAUGAUAUACACUUUUACAACGCCUUUCCUAAUAAUAAUAUUAAUAAUAUUAAUAAUAAUAAUGUGGCU